CCACCUCUCUCUUCCAACCCCCGUUUCUCGUCAAACUCCUCCCCGGAAUACUACAAUCACCACAGCCAAGCCCACAGCGUCGACCGUGCUUGAAUGGUGUCUCGGGCCUGCGAACAUCCAAUGAUCAGCGCCAGCAGUCGAUCCUCACCAUUCUUCCGAGUGCUCAAGAUGGCCUUCGCGGAUGCUGCAUUCUGAGGGUGGCCAUCCACUCGUUAAACUUGUCUCCACUUGACGAUGGGAUGGUCCACCCUCUUGAGUUCUACUCUCACUUGUGCCGUCUAUCAUUGUUGAUUCACAAAGUAUUCUUUGGCGACGUGAAGAGCAGGAGCUGAGCCCAACGACGAGCGAAUACCACAUACUCGGCCAUUCAGACUUCAAGUCCAACAACAAGCCCACCCUCGAAAUUACCGAACCAUCGCCACAUCACGCGAUCCAUUCGUGAACCACCCAUUUCGAGUCCUACCACGCACGAUAUUCGACAUUGCGCCUCUAUACCGAGCAUUACUUUCGAUCUUCAGAUUCAAAGACAAGCACACGAUUGGAUUUGGCUGGGACGGCUUCGAUCUAUCGUGCUUCACUUUUGCAGCCAUUAGUCAUGGCUCGUCGACCGUCGAAAGGCUCCCGUGCCAAGGGUGCUGGUUCAUCCCCGACCCCGAUCGCAUCCGCCCACAAGUCGACUCAUGCCUCUGAUGCCGAACCAGGCCCUAACGACGGUAUCAAUAGCCUCGACAUUGCGAGCCUGACCCUUGACGUCCCUUUAAAGCCCGUUGUACAUAGCAGGAAGAAGAUCCCUCCUUUCCGCUUCAUGGACUUGCCCUCGGAACUGCGUGUCAAGAUCUACGAACACUACUUCGACGACAUCAACGGUGUCAUUGAUCUUCAGCCUGGAAACUAUUUUGAAAUUCACAGGAAACUCAGAAUAUUGCGAGUCUGCCGUACUGUUUAUCACGAGGCUUCCCAUGUCUUCUACGGCACUAAGACCUUCCGUAUUUUUCCCAUUGACGGCCGCCACGUCAAGACCAAGAAGGGACUCCUGGCCUGCAUCAAGCCCCAGUGUCGUAGCAAAAUGACGACCCUGGAGCUACGACUAGGUCCAGGUUGGGCCAGGCCGUACCGCAGCUGGGUCGUGAACGACAUGCUCGGCCUCCAAGAUUGUGUUAAUGUGCGCUGCUUACAUGUGUACAUCGAGAUCGACCCCAGUGAUAACAUCUUCAACGGCUGGCGCAAGUCUCCUGGCUACUACGAGAAGUUCUGCCGGGAUCUCUUGAACGAUAUCCUCGGGGGCCUGCCAAAUGUCAACAAGGUGCAGUUCGAUGCACACAGCCCGGUCAAGAAGUCUGGCGACAUGACCCAGGGCCUGCUGGAGACUGCCAGGGCCAACGGAUGUACUAUCUGCUGGGGCCCAGUGAGGGGUUGGACGGAUGGAGAUGAUGAUGAAGACGAUGUGCCGGAGCAGCUCUGGCCUACCUCGGAUGUUGUCGCAUAGUAUUGAAGUUAUUUUGGCAUAGGCGUCUUCGAGUUGGAGUUAUAUAGGACCAGGGCUGCAUUUUACGGAUGGACCAAGGCUCCGGGGUUUGUUAUUUGUACUGUAUAUAAGGGAUGAGGGCUCCAGUCGGGCCAGCUGGGGCGUUGUCUCCUCCCCUUUUUCAUAAGCCACUGGCGGCUCGUCUGGUCCCGCAGCGAUGAUUGAACGACAAUUUCGGCUUCUUCUCUUGUCUUCUGAUCUCUUCGCAAUUAGGUCUGCUCUCACCGUCCGUUGAUGGGGAAGUAAUUGCAGAUUGCCAAAGCAAUUUAUUAGCACACUGAUGUCUCUCGAU